UGUGUGUGUUCACUGGUUGUUCACGUUUAUUUUUGGAAACGGCACGACUUGUCAUUCGUGGGUGAUACAGGCCGCACCUGUGUACAUUGUGUGUGCGCAGUGAGUGCGUAUCCUACGCGAUCAUUGCCUGUUCCCGGAGGAGAACGUUCCCGACGACGUUGACGAUGUUCCAAAGGAUGAAAAUCACCGAGUCCCCGAGAUGGACGAACGGGAACGGCAGUUUUGCCGCCGCUGUCGUGACCGAAGAGCCGGCGACGUUCUGGAGGAAGCUUCGUGUGAACGAAUGGACUGUCAGUGUAUCGCUCUUCCUAUUCUCCUUAUCGAUGACGCUGGGGAAGUUGUACUUCAAUUACAGAGAAUCCCUGUCGUGGCAAAUUGGUGAUCAAUUGCUGGCGAAUAGCGGGACAUUCUUGGAUGCCAGUAAUCAGUACACGGGAGCAGCUGCCGAUGUGCUGGUUACAUUUUACGAGAGAUACUGGUGGUUGAUAAAGGCGACGCUGGGUGGGCUUGCAAUAACAAGUUUCACUUGGUUUAUCAUUUACAUGGACAGCAGUGUGCCUGGUGUUAACCCACCGUUUCCUUUCAGUUCUUCCAGGCAGAGGGUACGCGAAGGUUCAACGAUGCAUAUAAACUAUUUAGUUGGUGCGCUACAUGGAAUAUUAUUUUUUAUUUACAUGUGUUUUUAACUCUACAGAAAUGUGAUUAGCAGCUUGCCCGUGAAGGCAGCUUAAAAGAUGGUUCUAUUUUUGUUUACGUGUAAUAUUUUUAUUUAUUUGCGUAUUUAUGUUAGUUCGUCGAAACAAACUGUUUAUUUAUAGAUGGCUCUUAUGUGUAUAUAUAGUAUCUAGUAAAUCCCGAAUUACAGGAAGCUGCUGGUGAUACACGGGUAAUUUUUGCGUUUUGUAGUUUUCUGUUAGUACACAUAUUGCAGAAUUAUAUAAUUGCAACGUUUAUGCAAAUAAAUUGACUGCUUUUUGAGUGAGUUAAAGAUGAAAAACGCAUGAUGUGAAAGCGUAGGCAUUUCUAAAAUAUGUAAAGGACUUGUGCUCUAGUUUUACACACUAGUAAUCACACUAACGGUACUACUAGACGCGGGAAGUAUCGAGCCAGUACGACCGUGCGAUGUGCAGCAACCAAAAACAUCGAAGUACAAAACAGUUCGUUGUUCCAAAUUUUUAACUAUAACCUGUUAUAUUGGAACCUUGUGCAUAAGAUUCUCUCUCAGACUGAUUAUCUGAUAGAAUAAUAUAUUUAGCGAUAAGCUAGUAAUAAGUGUUGCGAGGUACAUUUUAUUUUUUGCGAAGUAACUUUUAUACGCACAACAAUAUUUUCUACGUAUGGAAUACGUAUAUUUUUUUGCGUGUUUGAAAUAACAUUGUUCCCAGUACAUGUCGUACGUAUGUCACAUUUUAAGCUGCGGCGCUUAUUAAUCACUUUUUGUAGAUUAUAUAUAUGGGGCAUUCUUUCCCAACGUUACACCCAUGCUGUCCAUUUUUUAUUUGAUCUAAAAAUUUUCAAAAAAAUCUUAAAAUCUACAGAAAAAUAUAAGCUUUCGAAUGGUGCGUGGCAAAAUUACCGAAUUUAAUCAGAUUAUCCUCAAAAUUUGAGGAAAUCGAAGAAAAAUGAUGAAAAUGGUAAUUUUCCAAGUGUAGCGAUGAAUCAUUCGAUUUUUUUCUCUUCCAAUCAACACGUAAUAGUACUCUAUUCAUCUGCGUCUUGUUAUGUGAGUGUAAUCUAACGAAUAAGAGCUGAUUGGUAGUAUAAGAUACUUUGGAGAAUGAUUUUGAGAGUCAAAAAUCAAUUUUAUGAGGAUUUACCGGUGAGAAAAUUUUUCCACAAUGAGACGCGACUGAAUUGACGUGAUAGUGAUACCGUAUGAAUUUUCGCCUUCUAUCGUCACGAAAAUACGCCUAGGAGUUGAAAUGGGGGGGGGGGAGGAUGGAAUUUUUUAAUCCGGUAAAUCCUCAUAAAAUUUAUUUUUGACUUUCAAAAUGUUUUCCAAGAUAUUUUACAUUACGAAUUAGUUCUUAUCCAUUAGAUUACACUCAUAUGAUAAGACGCAGAUGAAUAGAGUACUAUAUUACGUGUUGAUUGGAAGAGAAAAAAGUCGAAUGAUUCAUUGCUACACUUGGAAAAUUAUCAUUUUCAUCAUUUUUCUUCGAUUUUCUCAAAUUUUGAGGAUAAUCUGAUUAAAUUCGGUAAUUUUGCCACGCACCAUUUAAAAGCUUACAUUUUUCUGUAGAUUUUAAGAUUUUUUUGAAAAUUUUUAGAUCAAAUAAAAAGUGGGCAGCAUGGGUAUAACGUUAGGAAAGAAUGCCCCAUAUAUGUACAUGGUUGGAAUGAGAGAUGUUCUCAUUAAACAACUACUGCAUAUAUGAGAAAUAUUCAUUGCUACUCAUACAACGAAACUCGUGCUACUUAGGUACUUUAAUAUUUAUACGCUUAAAUUAUUAUAAAAUAUAUUAAUUUAUUUGUAUUGAUCUGUAUAUGGCAGCUUCGAUAUCAGAAGUGUCAAGUUGGCAAUUUAUUUCUCUCUAUUAUAACUUCGAGUAUCUCGGAGCGACUGAAAUCUACAGUUUGAUAGAUCUAAGGAAAGAAAGUAUAGAUCAACGCUAAAAGUAAAAUAAGUGAUUACCUACGACUUGUUAUGCGAGGAAUUUUACAAUUUCCAUCUGUUACAAGUAUUACGAAUAUAUAGCAAGAUGUACUCUAUUUUUCGAACGAUUACUACUGAUAAGAUUAACAGCGUUAAAACUAUAUUCCUUCUGAAUGUUAUUCUCAACGAGCAAUCACUGCUGCAUUGUCUCGCACGAAAUAUUUAAAAUGUGAAUCUGUGAAAUAAUAUUUUAUUUAAUAAACUGCUAAUUGACAUCUCUGCA